UUGUUUUAGGUGUUUAAUCAUGACGCUUGAUAUGAGCGGUCUUGAAUCAGCUUCCUCGUUGUUUGGGGUUAACGACGAGCUUAGCAGUGGGUUCUUAACAGCACCAUCAUUUGAACUUCCCAGUGCCAUUGACUUUGAUGGCUUUCAGAAAGAGGCCAAACAGACGCUGAAGCCAGCAAAAGGUACAACGACGCUUGCUUUCAUCUUUAAAGAGGGAGUCAUGGUAGCUGCGGAUUCUCGUGCUAGCAUGGGAGGAUAUAUAUCAUCACAGUCCGUUAAGAAAAUCAUUGAAAUUAAUCCUUACAUGCUUGGUACUAUGGCUGGAGGAGCUGCUGACUGCCAAUUUUGGCAUAGAAAUUUGGGCAUCAAGUGCCGGCUGCAUGAACUUGCAAACAAGCGAAGAAUUUCAGUUGCUGGGGCUUCGAAGCUUUUGGCAAAUAUACUGUACUCAUAUCGUGGAAUGGGUCUAUCUGUUGGGACCAUGAUUGCUGGAUGGGAUGAGACUGGUCCUGGAUUGUUCUAUGUGGAUAGUGAAGGGGGAAGACUCAAAGGAACACGAUUUUCUGUUGGUUCUGGUUCGCCGUAUGCUUAUGGUGUAAUGGAUAAUGGUUACCGGUAUGAUAUGACGGUUGAAGAAGCUGCAGAAUUGGCUCGCCGAUCCAUUUAUCAUGCAACAUUUCGAGACGGAGCUAGUGGUGGAGUUGCUAGCGUUUAUUAUGUGGGACCUAACGGAUGGAAGAAGCUAUCUGGUGAUGAUGCUGGAGAACUCCACUACAAAUACUACCCAGUUGUUCAAGGCACUGUCGAACAGGAGAUGAUUGAGGUUUCGGCUUGAUUGAAAGGGUUGUUUGUCGAAAU